UUAGCUUGGCAUUUGUUUAUCUGAAAAGACCACGCAAGUCUUUUGGAAAGUAUAAAAAGCAGCAGCGUCGCCACUUUUAAAAACAUUGUGGGCAUCAAUGCCCAAUUAAUAUAGACAUGCUGCGCAUUCGUCGUCGCUUUGCGCUACUAAUUUGUUGUGGCUGUCUCCUCAUUUUUCUCAGCCUAUAUGUAGUUCUUAAUUUUGCGGCACCGGCUCCGAAUGCGAAAAAGCCAAAUUAUGUUGCGCUUGAGAACAAGCUGCAACAACUGGAAAAUGGAUUGCAGCAAGAUGGCCACGAAAUGCGAAAUUCACGCAAACAUUCUGCAAAAAGACCGGACAAAAUCCGAGAAAAUGACGAUAUUCUAGCCGUCGAUUCAGUCAACAAUGAAGCCGACGAAGCUGGAGAAUGUGCUGACGUAGUGCAUCAGGUGCCGCAAGUUGAUGUCCAAAUGCUCCAAUUAUAUGACCAAAUGUCAUUUGCCGAUAUUGAUGGCGGCGUUUGGAAGCAAGGAUGGAACAUAAAAUACGAUCCGCUCAAGUACAACCAGCAUCACAUGCUGAAAGUGUUUGUUGUGCCGCACUCCCAUAACGACCCCGGCUGGAUUAAAACGUUCGAGGACUAUUAUAACGCUGAUACAAAACACAUCUUAUCGAAUGCAUUGCGGCAUCUAACGGAGAAUCCUGAUAUGAAAUUCAUUUGGGCUGAAAUUUCAUAUUUUUCACGUUUUUUUGAAGAUUUAGGCGAAAAGAAGAAGCAGCAAAUGAAAAUGAUUGUGAAGAAGGGCCAGCUAGAAUUUGUUACCGGUGGGUGGGUAAUGCCCGAUGAGGCCAAUUCGCAUUGGCGUAAUGUGCUCCUGCAACUGACGGAGGGGCAGUCCUGGUUAAAUAAGCAUCUGAACGUCACGCCCACCGCAUCCUGGGCUAUAGACCCGUUCGGGCACAGCCCUACAUUACCUUACAUACUGCAAAGAAGCGGUAUAAGAAAUCUACUUAUACAGCGUACACAUUACUCUGUGAAGAAGGAGCUAGCACAGCAACGGCAGCUGGAGUUCUACUGGCGUCAGACAUGGGAAACGCGUGAAAACACAGCCCUUUUCACGCACAUGAUGCCCUUUUACUCGUAUGAUAUUCCGCACACAUGCGGCCCUGAUCCCAAAGUAUGCUGUCAGUUCGACUUUAAGCGCAUAGGUGGAUUCGGACUAAGCUGCCCUUGGCGAGUCCCGCCUCGUCCAAUCGACGAAAGCAACGUGGCCGCACGCUCCGAAAUGCUGGUGGAUCAGUGGAAGAAGAAGGCCGAAUUGUACCGCACGAACGUAUUGCUGGUGCCACUAGGCGACGAUUUCCGAUAUAAACAGAACGUGGAGUGGGAUGUGCAACGUGUUAACUAUGAAAAGCUGUUUGAGCACAUUAACGGUAAUCCGAAUUUCAACGUGGAGGCACAGUUUGGUACACUAAAUGAGUAUUUUGAGGCGGUGCAUCAAACUGGGCAGAAUUUUCCUUCUCUGAGUGGCGAUUUCUUUACCUAUGCGGACCGAGCUGACAACUACUGGAGUGGCUAUUACACCUCUCGUCCAUAUCAUAAGCGCAUGGAUCGCGUGCUAAUGCACUAUUUGCGAGCCGCGGAAAUGCUUCAUGCCUGGCAGAAUUGGGACUCGCAAGCUGGUUUUAGUCAAAAACUAGAACUGGCUCGCCGAGAACUAUCGCUUUUUCAGCAUCACGACGGCAUCACAGGAACCGCUAAAACGCAUGUGAUGCAGGACUAUGAGAAGCGCAUGAUAGAUGCCCUUAAGGCAUGCCAGUUUGUAAUGCAACAGGCAGUUUAUCGGCUGCUCACAAAGCCAUCAAUUUACAGUGCAGACUUUAAUUUUCACUAUUUUACGUUGGAUGAUUCGCGCUGGCCCGGCGUAGGUGUUGAAGAGAGCCGCACUACAAUUAUUCUCGGCGAGGAGCUACCCACAAAGCAUGUUGUCUUGCACAACACUGUUCCGCAUUGGCGAGAGCAGCUAGUGGAUUUUUAUGUUUCUAGCCCGUUUGUGAGCGUUAGCGAUUUAGCAGGUAAUUCAGUUGAAGCGCAGGUGUCACCCGUCUGGAGCUGGCAUCACGAUACGAUCAGCAAAACCGUCAAUCCACAAGGCUCCACAACUAAGUAUCGUAUACUUUUUAAGGCACGCGUGCCGCCCAUGGGACUGACGACUUAUUUACUAACGGUCUCAACAUCAAAGCCCGCUCACACCUCCUAUGCUUCACAUUUACUGUUCAACGGAAGUCCAGUUUCGGUGAGUUUAGGCCAAUAUCCAGAGGAUACCAAGUUUAGUGAGCAUAGCGAGUUUUCACUGCGUGUAGGCGCCGGGCCCAUAUUGGCUUUCUCCGAGUAUGGCCUGCUGAAAUCGAUGCAGCUAACACCUGACAGCUCGCCCGUGCCUGUGCACCUCAAGUUCCUUAAGUAUGGCACUCGAACGCAUGGUGAUAAGUCCGGGGCCUAUUUGUUUCUGCCAAACGGACCCGCAGUGCCGAUAACGGGAAACCCGCCUGUUGUACUUGUCAGCGAGGGAAAGUUGGAGUCGUAUGUUAGCGUAGGCUUGCCCCACGUUAUCCAUCAGACCAUUCUGCGCGGCGACGCGCCCGAAAUACGCAACUUGGUGGACAUAGGUGUUACCGACAACGUUGAAAUUGUGAUGCGCUUGCAGACGCGCAUUGACAGCGGCAGUACUUUCUUCACGGACUUAAAUGGACUGCAAUUAAUCAAGCGGCGACGAUUCGAGAAACUACCGUUGCAGGCAAACUAUUAUCCGGUGCCAUCGGCCAUGUUCAUCGAGGAUACCAACAUGCGGCUGACGUUGCUAACAGGGCAGCCGUUGGGUGGUGCCUCCCUAGCUUCGGGUGAGCUAGAAAUAAUGCAAGACCGGCGACUAGCAAGCGACGAUCAACGGGGCUUAGACCAGGGCGUGCUGGAUAAUAAGCCAGUGCUACACAUUUAUCGCCUUAUUCUGGAGAAGAUCAAUGGUUGUGUACGUCCCUCGAAAGCACAUCCCGCUACCUACAUGACCAAAGAGGCACACAAGGCUUCCCAAGAAUUGCUUGAUCCAUUGGAUAAGCUUAUUUACACAGAGAAUGAGUGGACAGGUGUACAGGAGCAAUAUGGAAAUGGUCACGUGCCGGCCAACGAGGAUCUUGACGUCGUUGUAUUGCGACGUUUAACAAAUAGUACGGCCAAAAAGCAGCGUGUUGGUUGCGUAUUGCAUCGUACACAGUUACUGCAGUGCAACGACGAGUCACCAGUGGAAAAAGUGAGUCCUUUUAACGUAUGCAAUAUAUUGCAAAAUGAAGAGGAGCCGACACUUACCGACCGCUGUCAGCGCACUACGUUAACAUUCCUGCAAGAUCUCGAACAGUUUGAACCGAAACUGGCGCCUCUACUAUGUCCUAUGGAGACCGCCGCUUAUAUAAUAAGUCAUAACGUUGGCAAUGACAGCUGAAAUGCGACCAUUAUCUCAGGCAGUAAUAAUUGGAACACCUUUGACUAGGUUAAUACACGCAAACUUAAUUUAUUGUUAAGCACGUUACAUUACUUUAAUACUGACCAAACAGCAAUACACUGCGUAUAUGAAUCUCAAUUACGUACAUUUUAUUGUUUUGUCUAAUUGUAAUCGAAAUCUCGAGAAAAGAGAGCAUCGUGUGUAGUUUUAAUAAUUUUAUUUUCUUUUGUGUGAUAUUUCUAAAAUCUCUAUCGAUUUUAUGCAAUCAAUCUUUUCAUCGAAUAAUUCUAAUAUUAAUUUUAUGUCUAGUAUUAUAAUAUUAGAUGUGAUAAAAUACGAUUUUAUUCGACCCAUUCAUAAAAAUUGA